AUGGCCUUUGAGGAUGUUAAUGUGGAGUUCACCAAGAAGGAGUGGGCUUUCCUGGAUCCGACCCAGAAGAAACUCUACACGGAUGUGAUGCUGGAAACCUUCUGGAACCUGGCGUCAGUAGUGUGUAUUUUAGAAGAAAAAUGUGAAGACCAUGAUAGUGAAGAUCAGUAUGAAAAUCAGGGGAUGAAUCAUAGCAAUCAUACAGUAGAGAGACUUUGUACAAGGAAGGAUGGUAGUAAAUCCAGAGAAAACUUCAGCCAGAUUCCAAAUCAUAAUGAAAAGAAGGAAACUCCUACUGAAAAAAAGCAAUCUAAGUCCAGAUUGUGUAGGCAAAUCUUCAUGCAUUAUUUAUCCUUGAAUAGCCACCUGAGUUCUCACAUUGGACCCAAGCUAUACCUGUGUCAGGAAUAUGAAGAAAACCCUUAUAAGUGGACGGAACCUGAGAAAGCUUUCAAGCACCAUCAGCAUAUUCGAAGACAUGAAGGCAGUCCCAGUGGGAAAGCUUUUCACUACUCAACUUCCAGUAGAAAUAAUGAAAGGACACAUAUUGCUGGAAAACUAUAUGGGUGUGGGAAAGGCUUUGGUCAUCUCGUUUACUCUAAAGUUCACAAAAAUACUCAUAGUGGAGAGGAACCAUAUCAAAGUAAGCAAUGUAGCAAUGCUUUCAGGUCUCCCAAGUACUCUGGAGAAAAUGAAAGAAGACAAAGAAAGCCCUACCAAUGUCAGAAAUCUGGAAAAGCUUUCAGUUCCACUUCUCUUCCAAAUCAUAAAACUACACAUACUGGCAAGAAACCUUAUAAAUGUAAGCACUGUGGCAAAGUCUUCAAUUUGCGCAGCUCUCUUCGAAAACAUAAAAUAAGUCAUUUCGAAAAGCAGCCUCAUGAAUGUAAGGAAUGUGGUAAAACAUUUCCUUAUCCCUCUUUACUUAGAAGUCAUAAAAUAAUUCAUACUGAUGGGAAACCCUAUGAAUGUAAGCAAUGUGGUAAAUAUUUAUCUAGUCCAGCUUCCCUUCGACGUCAUGAAAGAAUUCAUACUAAGGAAAAGCCAUAUAAAUGUGAGCAGUGUGGCAGAGCUUUCUAUGGUCAGGAUGUCUUGCAACGUCAUGAAAGCAUUCAUACUGGGCAAAAACCCUAUAAAUGUCAGCAUUGUGGUAAAGUUUUAUAUAAUCGCAUUUCCCUCCAUCGUCAUGAAAGCACUCAUACUGGGGAAAAACCAUAUAAAUGUGAGCAGUGUGGCAGAGCUUUCUAUGGUCAGGAUGUCCUGCAACGUCAUAAAAGCAUUCAUACCGGGCAAAAACUCUAUAAAUGUGAGCAUUGUGGUAAAGUUUUAUCUAAUCAAACUUCCCUCCGACGUCAUGAAAGCAUUCAUACUGGGGAAAAACCCUAUAAAUGUCAGCAGUGUGGCAAAGCUUUCUGUGAUCGAGGUGCCCUCCAUCGUCACGAAAGAACUCAUACUGGGGUAAGACCCUAUGAAUGUAAGCAUUGUGGUAGAGGUUUUGAUUUUCCAUCUUCUCUCCAAGAUCAUGAAAUGAUUCAUAGUGGGGUAAAACCCUAUGAAUGUAAGCAUUGUGGAAAAGCCUUCAGUUAUCUACAGUCCUGUCGCAGGCAUGAAAGAACACAUAUGAAAGAACACCCUGGAAAUAGUGGGGUAAAACCCUAUGAAUGCCAUCAAUGUGGUAAGGUUUUCAGUCUUUCCGUGUAUCUUAAAAUUCAUGAAAGAAUUCAUACUGGGGAAAAACCCUAUGAAUGUAACCAUUGUGGUAAAGCUUUCUCUGAUCCAAGUUCCUUCAAACGUCAUAAAAGAAUUCAUAAUAAGGAAAAACCCUGUUAA